GCUACCCUCCCCAUUCAACCCAAAAACUAUCCAAAGAUCACAACUUUCCUAGGAAACAAAACAUGGAUUGCCCCUCCAUCUCCACAUUCCUCCUUGCUCUCAUCACCAUCACAGCAUGCCACCAAGCUCAUGCCCAAGCACCACAAGCUGCCCCUGCACCCUCAACCUCUGCCUCAGCUCCUGCUGCAGGUCCAACCAUGACCAAACCAGAGCUCCUAGCCAAAGCCUGCGACAGCACCCAGCUCACCAAGGACCUCUGCAGGUCGUUCCUCGCUUCGUUCCCCGAAUCCGAGGUGAAGGACAUCCACGCCCUCGCUAAAUUCGCGAUCAAGAUGACGUCCCUGAACGCGAGCAAGACCCACGACCUGAUCGAGACCAUGGAGCACAACCCUGCCACGGACGACGUGACCAAGCAGCGACUCAACGAUUGCGCCGAGAACUACCAGGACGCCAUCGACCAGCUCGAGGACUCGAUGCCCGCCCUCGAUUCGAAGGUGUACGACGACGUGAUCACGUUCAUCACCGCCGCGGUGCAGGACGUGGAGUCGUGCGAGGACGGGUUCAAGGAGCCUCCUGCGGUUAAGUCGCCAAUGACGCAGACCAAUGAAGUGUUCACCCAAUUGUGCAACAUUUGCCUAGCGAUCACCAACAUGUGCGGCAAAUAGAUUUGUCAAUCAAUUCAUAGUCCGGGAUUUUUAAUAAACAACACAAUUUCAUCUUUCAUUGGAGGAUAGAAAGAAAGAAAGAAAGAAAUACUUUAGCAUAUAUGAGUGACAUAUGAACCCGAUUGACCUACUGAUACUGUCCACUAAAUUGAAUUCUGGAGCUGAAAGUUAUUUUUGUCCAUCAAGGUUGAGACUGUACUAUCGCGUCGUCGUAGAUGUAUAACUACAAAUUCCGAUUUGAUCGAUAUAACCUGCUGAUACGAUCCGGGUGAAAAAAGUUAUACAAAAUGU